AUGGUCAAGGCUGUUGUUGCUGGCGCCUCCGGCGGUAUUGGACAGCCUCUGUCCCUCCUCCUUAAGCUCUCUCCCCUCGUUGACGAGCUUGCCCUCUACGAUGUCGUCAACACCCCCGGUGUUGCCGCCGACCUUUCUCACAUCUCUUCACAAGCGAAGAUCGCUGGCUACCUGCCCAAGGACGACGGCGCGAAGGCCGCCUUCAAGGAUGCCGACAUCAUUGUCAUCCCCGCUGGUAUUCCCCGCAAGCCCGGCAUGACUCGUGAUGACUUGUUCAACAUCAACGCCGGCAUCGUCAAGGGCCUGAUCGAGAUCGCGGCCGAGGUUGCCCCCAAGGCCUUCAUCCUCGUCAUCUCCAACCCCGUCAACUCCACCGUUCCUAUUUCCGCCGAGGUCCUCAAGGCUAAGGGUGUCUUCAACCCUCAGCGCCUUUUCGGUGUCACCACCCUCGACAUUGUCAGAGCCGAGACCUUCGUUGCCGAGAUUGCCGGCAAGGCGAAGCCUCACGAGCUGACCGUCCCCGUCAUCGGCGGCCACUCCGGCGAGACCAUUGUUCCCCUUUUCAGCCAAGUCACGCCUUCCGUCACCAUUCCCGACGACAAGUACGAUGCCCUCGUCAACCGCGUCCAGUUCGGUGGCGAUGAGGUCGUCAAGGCCAAGGAUGGUGCUGGUUCCGCUACCCUCUCCAUGGCCUACGCUGGCUUCAGAUUUGCCGAGAAGGUACUCAAGGCCGUCAAGGGCGAGAAGGGUCUCGUUGAGCCUAGCUACGUCUACUUGCCCGGUGUUCCUGGUGGCAAGGAGAUUGCCGCCAAGACCGGCACUGACUUCUUCUCCGUCCCCAUUGAGCUUGGUCCCAACGGUGCUGAGAAGGCUGUCGACAUCCUCGGAAACAUUACGGACAAGGAGAAGACGCUGCUGGAGGCCGCUGUUAAGGGCUUGAAGGGCAACAUUCAGAAGGGUGUCGACUUUGCCCACAACCCCCCUCAAAAGUGA